AUGGUUUCCUACUCAUUAAGGGUUAGCAAAAAAUUCUCUUUAAAUCUUUUUCCCGCCAAAAAGAUUACCAAAAAUUUAACUGUUGUAAGAUUAUGCCACACUUUUUUUAAAAAAAAUCCCAAUUUUAUAAAAGAAAUACAUUCUAUCAAAUUAUAG